AUGUUAUUCAUUCUUUUGUUCAUGCUUCCUUUCUUUCGUUAUUUCUUUCUACGUUCUUUCCAUUUUUUUCUUUUUGUCCUUGAUUUUUCUUUAAAAAAACUCCCUUUUCUUUCUUUCUUUCUUUCCUAUACUCUUGUGUUCUUUCUUUUUUAUUACUUUAUUCCUUUGUGUUUUUGUCUUAAUUACUUUCGUUUGUUUUGGUUGUGUUCAUUCUUUCGCUUCAUCUUUUAUGUUCUUUCUUUCUUUCUUUCUUUCUUUAGUUUUAUCUUUGAUGUUCUUUCUUUCUUUCUUUCUUUCUUUCUUUCUUUCUUUCUUUCUUUCGCUUCAUCUUUUGUGUCCUUUCUUUCUUUCUUUAGUUUUUUAUUUGAUGUUCUUUCUUUCUUUCGCUUCAUCUUUUGUGUUCUUUCUUUCUUUCUUUCUUUAGUUUUUUCUUUGAUUUUUUUCUUUGAUGUUCUUUCUUUCUUUCUUUCUUUCUUUCUUUUCUUUCUUUCUUUCUUUCUUCAGUUUUUCUUUUGUCUUUUUUUUUCUUUCUUUUUUCUUUCUUUGUUCUUUUUUUUCUUUGAUCUUUCUUUCUUUCUUUCUUUCUUUCUUUCGCUUCAUCUUUUGUGUUCUUUCUUUCUUUCUUUCUUUAGUUUUUUCUUUGAUGUUCUUUUCUUUCUUUCUUUCUUUCGCUUCAUCUUUUGUGUUCUUUCUUUCUUUCUUUCUUUAUUUUUUCUUUUUUUUCUUUCUUUCUUUCUUUCUUUUAUUUUUUCUUUGUUUUUCUUUUUUCUUUCUUUCUUUCAUCUUUUUUGUUAUUUCUUUUCUUUCUUUUCUUUCUUGCUUUUUUUCUUUGAUGUUCUUUCUUUCUUUCUUUCUUUCUUUCGCUUCAUCUUUUGUGUUCUUUCUUUCUUUCUUUCUUUAGUUUUUUCUUUGAUGUUCUUUUUCUUUCUUUCUUUCUUUCCUUUGUUUUCUUUUGUUUUUCUUUCUUUCUUUCUUUUAGUUUUUUUCUUUGAUGUUCUUUUUCUUUCUUUCAUCAUCUUUUGUAUUUCUUUCUUUCUUUCUUUCUUUAGUUUUUUCUUUGAUGUUCUUUCUUUCUUUCUUUCUUUCUUUCUUUCGCUUCAUCUUUUGUGUUCUUUCUUUCUUUCUUUCUUUAGUUUUUUCUUUGAUGUUCUUUCUUUCUUUCUUUCUUUCUUUCUUUCUUUCUUUUCUUCAUCUUUGAUGUUCUUUUCUUUUCUUUCUUUCUUUCUUUCUUUGUGUUUUUUCUUUGAUGUUCUUUCUUUCUUUCUUUUUUUUCUUUCCUUCAUCUUUUGUAUUUCUUUCUUUCUUUUUCUUUCUUUCUUUUUCUUUAUUUUUUCUUUGAUGUUCUUUCUUUCUUUCUUUCUUUCUUUCUUUCCUUCAUCUUUUUUGUUGUUCUUUCUUUCUUUCUUUUUUUUCUUUAUGUUCUUUUUUUCUUUGAUGUUUCUUUUCUUUUUCUUUCUUUCUUUCUUUCCUUCAUCUUUUGUGUUCUUUUCUUUCUUUUUUCUUUCUUUUUUUCUUUUUUUCUUUGAUGUUUCUUUCUUUCUUUCUUUUUUUUCCUUCAUCUUUUUUAUUUCUUUCUUUCUUUCUUUCUUUCUUUAUUUUUUCUUUGAUGUUCUUUCUUUCUUUCUUUCUUUCUUUCGCUUCAUCUUUUGUUUUUUUUCUUUGAUUUUUUUUCUUUUUUUUCUUUUUCUUUCUUUCUUUCCUUCAUUUCGCUUUUUUUGUGUUCUUUCUUUCUUUCUUUCUUUAGUUUUUUCUUUGAUGUUCUUUCUUUUCUUUCUUUCUUUUCUUUCCUUCAUCUUUUGUGUUCUUUCUUUAGUUUUUCUUUCUUUCUUCUUUUCUUUCUUUCGCUUCAUCUUUUUUUCUUUGAUGUUUCUUUUGUUUUCUUUUGAUUUCUUUCUUUCUUUCUUUCCUUCAUCUUUUUUUUUUUCUUUCUUUGUUUUUCUUUCUUUCUUUUUUUUCUUUCUUUUGUUCUUUCUUUCUUUCUUUUUUUUCUUUGAUUUCUUUCUUUCAUCUUUUUGUGCUUCAUGUUUUGUGUUCUUUCUUUCUUUCUUUAGUUUUUUCUUUGAUGUUCUUUUUUUCUUUCUUUCUUUUUUUCUUUCUUUCUUUCUUUCGCUUCAUCUUUUUCUUUUCUUUCUUUCUUUAGUUUUUUCUUUCUUUUUUGUUUCUUUUUUUUUCUUUCUUUUCUUUCCUUCUUUCUUUUCUUUCUUUCUUUCUUUUUCUUUUCUUUCUUUAGUUUUUUUCUUUGAUGUUCUUUCUUUCUUUCUUUCUUUCUUUCUUCAUCUUUUUGUUCUUUUCUUUUUUCUUUUUUUUUUUCUUUCUUUCUUUUUUUCUUUCUUGUUCUUUCUUUGUGUUCUUUCUUUCUUUCUUUCUUUUUUUUCUUUGAUGUUCUUUUCUUUUCUUUCUUUCUUUUUGCUUCAUCUUUUGUGUUUUUUCUUUCUUUCUUUAGUUUUUUUUUUGAUGUUCUUUCUUUCUUUCUUUUUCUUUCCUUCAUCUUUUGUUUUAGUUUUUUUGAUUCUUUCUUUCUUUCUUUCUUUCUUUCUUUCUUUUCUUUUUUCUUUUGAUUUUUCUUUCUUUUCUUUUCUUUCUUUUUUCCUUCAUUUUUUUUGUUCUUUUCUUUCUUUCUUUCUUUUUUUCUUUCUUUUUUCUUUGUUUUCUUUCUUUCUUUCCUUCUUUCUUUCUUUCCUUCAUCUUUCUUUGAUCUUUCUUUCUUUCUUUCUUUUGUUUUCUUUUUUCUUUGAUUUUCUUUUUCUUUCUUUCCUUCUUUCUUUCUUUCCUUUUUUUCUUUUUCUUUCUUUUCUUUUCUUUCUUUCUUUCUUUCUUUUUUUUUCUUUGAUGUUCUUUUCUUUCUUUCUUUCUUUCUUUUGUAUUUCUUUCUUUCUUUCUUUCUUUUAUUUUUUCUUUGAUGUUUCUUUCCUUUCUUUUCUUUCCUUCUUUUUUCUUUUCUUUCUUUCUUUUUUCUUUUUUGUUCUUUUUCUUUUCUUUCUUUCUUUUUUUUUCUUUUCUUUCUUUCUUUCUUUCUUUCUUUCUUUUAUUUUUCUUUCUUUUUUUUUUCUUUCUUUCUUUCUUUUUCUUUCUUUCUUUUCAUCUUUUUUCUUUCUUUCUUUUCUUUCUUUUUUUCUUUUUUUCUUUGGUUUUUUUUCUUUGAUGUUCUUUCUUUCUUUCUUUCUUUCUUUUUUCUUUAUUUUUCUUUUUUUUUUCUUUUUCUUUCUUUCUUUCUUUCUUUUUUUCUUUUUUUUUUCUUUCUUUCUUUCUUUCUUUCUUCAUCUUUUGUGUUCUUUCUUUCUUUCUUUUUUUUUCUUUAGUUUUUUUUUUUCUUUCUUUUCUUUCUUUCUUUUUCAUCUUUCUUUCUUUUUUUCUUUCUUUCUUUUUUUUUUCUUUGAUUUUUUUUUCUUUCUUUCUUUCUUUCUUUCUUUCAUCUUUUGUGUUCUUUCUUUCUUUCUUUCUUUUUUUUUCUUUGAUUUUUUUUUCUUUGAUGUUGUUCUUUCUUCUUUCUUUCUUUCUUUCUUUUCUUUCUUUCUUUCUUUAGUUUUUCUUUCUUCUUUGUUCUUUCUUUCUUUCUUUCUUUCUUUCUUUAUUUUUUCUUUGAUGUUCUUUCUUUCUUUCUUUCUUUCUUUCGCUUCAUCUUUUGUGUCCUUUCUUUCUUUCUUUAGUUUUUUCUUUGAUGUUCUUUCUUUCUUUCUUUUCUUUUCUUUCUUUUUUCUUUCUUUGUUUUUUUUCUUUUUCUUUUUUGUUUUUUUCUUUGUAUUUUUUUCCUUUCUUUUUUUUUCUUUGAUGUCCUUUCUUUCUUUCUUUCUUUCGCUUCAUGUUUUGUGUCCUUUCUUUCUUUCUUUAGUUUUUUCUUUGAUGUUCUUUCUUUCUUUCUUUCUUUCUUUUUUCUUACUUUCUUUCUUUCUUUCUUUUUUUUUCAUCUUUUGUGUUCUUUCUUUCUUUUUUCUUUUAUUUUCUUUGAUGUUCUUUUCUUUUUUCUUUCUUUUUUCUUUCUUUUGUGUUCUUUCUUUCUUUUUUUUGUUUGAUGUUCUUUCUUUCUUUCUUUCUUUCUUUCGCUUCAUCUUUUGUGUCCUUUCUUUCUUUCUUUCUUUAGUUUUUUCUUUGAUGUUCUUUCUUUCUUUCUUUCUUUUUUUUUUUCUUUCUUUCUUUCUUUCUUUAGUUUUUUCUUUCUUUUCUUUUUUUCUUUCUUUCUUUCUUCAUCUUUUUUUCUUUCUUUCUUUCCUUUUUUUUUUUUUGAUGUUCUUUCUUUUCUUUCUUUCUUUCUUUCUUUCGCUUCAUCUUUUGUGUUCUUUCUUUCUUUUUUUCCUUAGUUUUUUCUUUGAUGUUCUUUCUUUCUUUCUUUUUCUUUCUUUUUCAUUUCUUCUUUCUUUCUUUUUCUUUUUUUUCUUUUUUUUCUUUGAUUUUUUUCUUUUUGUUCUUUCUUUCUUUCUUUCUUUUUUUUCUUUCUUUCUUUUUGUUUUUCUUUUGAUGUUCUUUCUUUUUUUUUCUUUUUUUUUCUUUGAUGUUCUUUCUUUCCUUCUUUCUUUCUUUCCUUUCAUCUUUUUGUUCUUUCUUUCUUUCUUUUUUUUUUUUUUCUUUGAUGUUUCUUUCUUUCUUUCUUUUCUUUCUUUUUUUUUUUUUGAUGUUCUUUUUUCUUUCUUUUCUUUAGUUUUUUUUUUCUUUGAUGUUCUUUUCUUUGUUUUUUUCUUUCUUUCUUUCUUUCUUUUCUUUCUUUUUUUUCUUUUCUUUAGUUCUUUUUUGUUCUUUCUUUCUUUCCUUUCUUUCUUUCUUUUUUUCUUUGAUCUUCUUUUUUUUCUUUCUUUCUUUCUUUUUCCUUUUUCUUUUUUUGUUUCUUUUUUUUCUUUCUUUUUUUUCUUUAUUUUUUCUUUGAUUUUCUUUCUUUCUUUCUUUCUUUCUUUCUUUCUUUCUUCAUCUUUUGUAUUUUUGAUUUCUUUCUUUCUUUCUUUCUUUUUUUCUUUGAUGUUCUUUCUUUCAUUCUUUCUUUCUUUUUUCUUCAUGUUUUUUGUUUCUUUCUUUCUUUCUUUCUUUCUUUCUUUUUUUCUUUGUUUUUUCUUUUCUUGUUCUUUUCAUUUUUCAUUUUUUAUUUCCUUCUCUGGUCUCAUUCGUUUGUGUUAUUUCCUUCGCUUCAUUCUUUUGUUCUCCAUCUUUCUUUUUUUCGUUUGUUUUUCUGACGUGUUUAUUCUUUCUUUUGUUUCAAUCUUUUAUGUUAUUUCUUUCUCUUUUUCUGUUGUGUUCUUUUUUUUCUUUCUGCCUGUAGCAUUCUAUUCUUUCCUUCUCAACUUUUUUCUUCUGUUUUGCUUUUUCUUUCUUUCUUUCUUUCUUUCUUUCUUUCUUUCUUUCUUUCUUUCUUUCUUUCUUUCUUUCUCAACAACUCUUCUUCAUCCAGCCAUUUUUCAGCAUCUAUUUCCUGUUCACUUCCUUCCUGAUAUGGCCAUGUUUACUUUUCCCUAUCUUCUCCAUUUUUUUUUAACACUAGUCUAUCUCUUCCUCUCGUUGACCUCGCAACGCCUAACAUUUGCGGAAGAUCGUACACUUUUAUUUUUUUUUAGGCUCAGAGCCAACGGCGCAACCGAAUGCAACUCGUCUUUCAUUUUAUUUUAUCUUUCUCUUUCCUCUAUUUUUUCUUUACUCAUUUUACUUCUCCAAUUUUCUUUUCUCUUUAUCCUUUUCUUUCUCUUUACUUUUUAUUUUCUUCAUUUCUUUUCUUCUUUUUUUUCCUAUCAUUUUUUCUUUCUCUUUCGUGUCCUUUUAUCUUACUUCAUUUUUCUUUCAUUUCAUUUUCUGUUUCGCCUUUCCUUCUUGUUCUUUAUUUUCCUUUCUUUCUUUUCCAUUUCAUUUUUUUCUGUUUUUUUUAAUGUCAUCUUUUUCCUUUCUUUUUUCUUUCCUUCCUUUUUUAAACUUUCUUUUUUUCUUUCCUUCCUUUUUUUAAAACUUUCUUUUUUUCUUUCCUUCCUUUUUUUUAAACUUUCUUUUUUUCUUUCCUUCCUUUUUUUAAAACUUUCUUUUUUUUCUUUCCUUCCUUUUUUAAAACUUUCUUUUUUUCUUUCCUUCCUUUUUUUUAAACUUUCUUUUUUUCUUUCCUUCCUUUUUUUUAAACUUUUUUCUUUCCUUCCUUUUUUUUAA